UGUGUGCGCGCGUCUCGCAUGCUGUCAGCGAGUGCUGUCAAACGCACCUAAAAUGUAAACAAUCCAUCCAGAGCGUUCAGCACGUAAACUCGCUAAUAAUGGCGAACGUUUUGCAAGAAUUAUUGAAUGUCUGUCGGUUUUGUUUGUCCGAGGACUUACAGCGAUUGCAGCCCAUCAUGAGGAUAUUGGAUUCAACCAUUACGCCCGGCGAGAUAGAACGAUACACCGGCAUACUGAUAAACACCGAUGAGGACUGCACGUUGUACGCGAUAUGUACAGAGUGUACAAGCCGGCUGAAAAAGUCAGUUGAAUAUCGAACAGCUUGCAUAAAAAAUCAAACACACUACGAGGAACUGCUCAUGAUGCUUGUCGCCAGUACCGAAUGCACAGACCAUGAAGACACCCAAAGCGUGAUAUGCUUGGACAGUGAUGAUGAUACGAUGGAUUUCAAUAGUUAUGAAGAAAUAUCUCAGAAGGAAGACAUACUGGAAGAAUAUAACCUGCUGCUGGACGAAAACAUAUCCCAAGCGAUGAACAUGUCGCACGAGGAAGACAGUUGCACCUACACCAUUCGCAGCGCGAACAGCACGCAGUCAUCGAAAAUAAUGUGCAACGAAGAGGAUGAAAUGUACAGCGCUAACUAUAUCGAGCCUGGUGAACCAUGCAAUUCCGAUAGCGACGUGGACAAAAAAUCUGAACCGAAGAAGAAACCGAGAAAAAAAUAUACUCGCAAGAAGGAUAUUCCACCGGAGGAGCAACACGUCGCCCCGAAGCCAGACAAGGAGAGAAAGGUGUACGAUUUCACGGUGCUCAAUGGCAGCAAUCGUUAUUUUGUCAAAUCGUACAAACACGGCAAACGAGUCUAUCCAAAAUCGCUUUGUGAUGUCUGCGGGAUAAUGGUUUGUGACAUAAAUGGUCAUAUACGAAAUCAUUUCCCAGAGACUCUCUACACCUGUCCACGAUGUCCAGUGAAAAUGAAGUCGAAAACAAACCUAAAAGCUCACAUCAACACGGUGCACUAUAAAAUGGUUGGCAAAACAUGCAACAUAUGCGGCAAAGGCUUUGUUCACCACAAAACGUACCGAUAUCAUAUGCUUGGUCAUCAAUCCGAAGGCGAAGCUUUCGAAUGUAAAGUAUGCGGAAAAACGUUUAACAAUCCUUUCUGUCUGAGCGAUCAUAACAAAAGAGUUCAUAAUUUGGCAAAGCCACUGAAAAGAAACAGUUAGCUUACUUACUUACUUAUCAGGCGCUACAACCGCUUUGCGGUCUUGGCCUGCUACAACAAUCCUCGAUACCGCUCACGGUUCAGCGCCGUCGUCUGCCAAUCCGUUAUCCCGGCCGUUCUAUCGGACGCAUCAACGCCAUCACUCCAUCUCAAUUUGGGCCUACCAAAAAACAGUUAGCUAUUAAACCAAAUAAAUCUGAUUUACUUGCGCACUCAGAAACCCAGAUCUUCAGCAACAGCCAUGGUCAGUUCCUUGAAUAGUUGUCCUUUGCUGUAAUCUUCUAUCGAUGGUUACACUGCAUCGCCAUAUAGCAUACCAAUACAAUUUGGCUAUCGUCAAACAAUGGCUUGUAGUAGGCAUGCACGACAUGAGAAAUAAUCAUGAACUGACCCACAGCGGUGCAAUGUUCAGCUGCACUAUUGGCCAGAAAUCUUAUGAUUAAAACUCACUUGAGGCACUUGCUUGCUUUUCUAACGAUUUUUUGGAGUUGGAGGAAUAGCAUAAAUGCAGGAAUGUUUUGGCGUUCAACUUACCAUCCCCGUGGAUUAAUAAAGUUAACAUGAAAUGAUUUUGCUCUACAACAAAAUAAUCAAGGCAUCCUUGAAAUAUCGUGAGUUCAAAAUAUUGUGUUUGUGUGUGAGUGAGUGUGUGUAUCGGUGGAGGCUGUCAAACGCCCUUCAAAUGUAAACAAUCCAUCCAGAGCGUCCAGCACGUAAACUCGCUAGUAAUGGCGAACAUUUUGCAAGAAUUAUUGAAUGUUUGUCGGUUUUGUUUGUCCGAGGACUUAUAGAGAUUGCAACCCAUCAUGAGGAUAUUGGAUUCCACCAUUACGCCCGGCGAUAUCGACCGAUACACCGGCAUUCGGAUAAACACCGAUGAGGACUGCACGUUAUACGCGAUAUGUACGGCGUGUACAAGCCGGCUGAAAAAGUCAGUUGAAUAUCGAACAGCUUGCAUAAAAAAUCAAACACACUACGAGGAACUGCUCAUGAUGCUUGUCGCCAGUACCGAAUGCACAGACCACGAAGACACCCAAAGCGUGAUAUGCUUGGACAGUGAUGAUGAUACGAUGGAGUUCAAUAGUUUUGAACAAGAAGCACCAAAUCAGACACAUUUUCCCCAGGCGGUAAACAUCCAGCAAGAAGUAGACAUGCUGCAGGAGGAAGACAGUUGCACCGAUACUAUUCGCAGCUCAAACAGCACCCAGUUAUCGAUGUGCAACGAAGAGGGUGAAAUGUACAGCGCUAAUUAUAUCGAGCCUGGCGAACCAUAUAGUUCCGAAUUGAGCGAAGUUGAUCUAUUUGAACCGACAGUACAGCCAACAACAAGGAAAAAAAGCAAAAAAGUACACGAUUUGUCUAAAUUUACAGACAAUUAUGUACUAAAGUCAUAUAAGGGUGGAAAACGAAUGUACUUAAAGGCGCUUUGUGAAGUGUGUGGUACGCUUCCCUAUAACAUAAAAAAACACAUGCAAAAUCAUUCGCCAGAAACAUUCUACAGCUGUCCUCAAUGCCCAGUCAAAAUGAAAGACAAAACAAAUAUGAAAGCCCACAUCAAUACGGUGCACUAUAAAAUGGUUGGCAAAACAUGCAACCUGUGCGGCAAAGGCUUCAUUCACCACAAAACGUACCGAUAUCAUAUGCUUGGUCAUCAAUCCGAAGGCAAAGCUUUCGAAUGCAAAGUAUGCGGGAAAACGUUUAACAAGCCUUUCGCUUUGAGCGAUCAUUACAAAAGAGUUCAUAAUUUGGCAAAGGCACUGAAACGAACCAGUUAGCUAGCCAAUAAAUGGAAGAAAACCGACGUCAUGUAAACGGAAGAGUUUCAUGUUUUCAAUUAAGUUUAUAGCAAGAAACGCUGUUCUUUAUUAAUGUUUCUCGCUUUAUAUCUGAGUUCCGAUAUGUUGAUGCAUAUUUUCCUCUUUUAGAAUAUGAGCAGUGUAGUCGAUAAAUUCAUUCUGUUUUUUUUUUUUUAUCGCGGAGUUCAGUUCAAAUGUUUCAACCACCAGAAACGAUGCAUUAGGUUCGCUGUAAACUACCGACAUUGCUGUACCACCCUGUGUCAUUGGAGCAUUUUGACAGCUAUUUUGUUUACCAACAAAUCUGCUGCGCUACAGCGAGCGGCGGCUUCAACCAGUCUGGAAGAAAUGUUGGAAAUUUGUCGCUUUUGUUUGUCCCAGGAUCGAAUGUCGCUGUAUCGCAUCGCCGAGGUUUUAAACUCUUCGCUUACAGCAGAAACGGCGUGGCUGUUUACUGGAAUUCAAAUCGAGACGUUCCACUGGAAUACGCACUUCAUAUGCACCCAGUGUACAAACACACUUGAAAAGUGCGAGAUUUUCCGAAAAUCUUGCAUCAACAAUAACUAUAUAUUCCAACAACUGUACCGAAGAACUCGUCCAAGCUGCAGGCAUGUCAAAGCGGUUGAAGAAGCAUACGAUAUCGACACGGAUCCAUUGCAGGUGGAAUUUGUUGUUCCGGAGAAAGCAGCUGGAGAUUUGCUCGCAUAUGACGAAAUUGCAUCAACCGACCAUGAAGUAGUUGAGUGGUACGAACAACCAAACGCAGCCAAAAAGACUGUGCUAAACGAUGACGGCGAUCUGCAAACGGCGUCCUCUACCGAAACGCACGAAGAGCUAUACUCUGCCAACUACAUCGAACUAGGUGAACUGCGCUCUGAAGAUGACGAGGUCGAUCUGUUGCAAAACGACAGCCUAACGAACAAAGCCAGUGAAAUGAAAUCCGGUAAAAAACAUUGCCGAUCACUAUCACGGACUAAACCUGCCGGAGGUGAUGCUGGCCGUGCAAACGAGAGCCGUAUCCCAUCUAGACGUACCAAACGAAAGCCGGAAAUUGCGCUUUGCGACACGUGCGGUAAAACUGUGAGCAAUCUCGCAACGCAUUCAGCAAUCCACACCGCAGAACACAACAAUGCGUGCCCUUAUUGUUCGAUCAAGAUGAAACUUGCAUCAAAUCUUAUGCGCCACAUACAGGCAGUGCACUUGAAGAAGGCUGUGAAAACGUGCACUGAGUGUAAUGUUGGUUUCACUCACUACACAACCUACCGAUCGCAUCUGUACUCGCAACACGGGAUCGGAAAAAUACACGAAUGCCACGAGUGCUCGCGAAGGUUUGCGGACGCAUGUAUGCUGCGAAAACAUAACAAACGAUAUCACAGCCUGCAGAAGUUCCCUUGUGGAACCUGUGGUAAAAUAUUUAAAAUGCGCGAACAACUAAAGCGACAUUCUAUCGUCCAUACGGAUGAGCAUCCGUACGUGUGUAGCCAGUGCCCGAAGCGAUUCAAAAGUACCAAAAACAGAAACGUGCACGAGCUCCUGCAUAAGGGUGUUAUGCACAAAUGUUCGUUUUGCGAAAAGUCGUUUCGAUUUAAGUAUCUCGUCAAUUCGCAUAUUAGAAAAAUGCAUCCAGACGCUAGCAACGAGAUGGAAACAAGGCAAGAGGAAACCUUCUGUAGAAUAGUUAAUUGAUUUCAGAAUGUCGAAUUUAGAGUUUAAUUACGCUCAAUAAAAUCCUAACAAAGCUAA